ACUGACGCAUGACGUCAUCUCCGGUUCUACCAUUUUGCGGAUCGGUCUUGAGCAGCUGGUGCGUUUCUUACCGAAUACCGAUAAUAUAGUCUUAAUAAUAAAGCCCAAUUAAACCGGCAUAAUGUCAGAUUUUGAUAGCAACCCCUUCGCGGACCCGGACUUCAGCAACCCGUUUCAGGAUCCAUCAGUGACACAAGUAACGCAGACUGCCCCGCCUGGCCUGGAGGAGUAUAACCCUUUCACAGACACCAAGCCGGUCCCGCCAGGCUCCGCCCCUAAGGCAGUCCCACCCACAGCCAACACACAGCCGGCCAUCAUGAAACCCACCGAAGAACCGCCAGCUUACACUCAGCCUCAGCAGACACAGGAUCAGGUGCGAGCCCAGGCGGAGUUAUUACGGAGACAGGAGGAGCUGGAGAGAAAAGCGGCUGAGCUGGACCGCAGGGAGAGGGAGAUGCAGUCUCUCAGCGCAUCAGGAGGGAGGAAAAACAACUGGCCGCCUCUUCCAGAGAAGUUUCCGGUGGGUCCGUGUUUCUAUCAUGAUAUAUCAGUGGACAUCCCUGUGGAGUACCAGAAAACCGUCAAGAUCAUGUACUAUCUCUGGAUGUUCCACACGGGGACGCUGUUUGCCAAUAUAUUCGGCUGUUUGUCGUGGUUCUGUGUGGAUGCGUCGAGGGGAGUGGAUUUUGGUCUGGCUAUGCUCUGGUUCAUGCUCUUCACACCCUGUUCAUUUGUCUGCUGGUACAGACCUCUGUAUGGAGCGUUCAGGAGUGACAGCUCUUUUAGGUUCUUUGUGUUCUUCUUCGUCUAUAUCUGCCAAUUUGGUGUCCAUGUGUUGCAAGCCAUCGGCAUUGCAGGUUGGGGUGCAAGCGGCUGGAUCUCCGCGCUGACCGGGCUGAACACAAGUAUUCCCGUCGGCAUCAUCAUGAUCCUGAUCGCUGCCCUCUUCACCGCAUCGGCUGUCAUCUCUCUCAUCAUGUUUAAAAAGGUUCAUGCGCUGUACCGAACCACCGGCGCCAGUUUCGAGAAGGCGCAGCAGGAGUUCGCCACCGGCGUCAUGGCCAACAAAACGGUGCAAACCGCCACCGCUAACGCCGCCUCCUCUGCGGCCCGGGGAGCCUUCAAAGAGCAGAUCUGAUUGGGCCGAGAACUCCGACUCCGACUCCACCCAUGCUACUCUGACCCCGCCCUCCGCAUUCCUCCAAACCGUCUUUACAGCAUUUCCUCAGCUCUGACUGGCUGUUCAAGACCACACCCACUCUCAUUGACUUAAUGCACUCCUGUGACUGACUGAGACCCCGCCCACAGCCCCUCCCCUCCUGUCAAUCAGCAGGUGUGCUGUGUGUGUGUGUGUGUGUGUGGUGGGACGCCUGUCUGUGUGUAAACAGCCUAAAGAGUCACUUUAUAUGUUCACAUCACGUCAGUUUGUCCCUGUUAAACAACAGGAAGUGAUGUCAUCUAGUGUCUUUUUAUGGGAUCCAAGGAAAAGAGAAUGGCUAUGCCCUCACAGGUCUGUCUUACCGAUCAUCUUCACUUACACACUCAUAAAAUCACAACGGAAACGUCACAAAAAUGUCAUAAUGCAAAUGCCAUGUACGCAAAAUAAUUUUUUACAUUAAAAAAUGUUUGCUUUUCUGUAGAUUUUAGUGUAUAACAUGACAUUUUGCAUACACUAAUGCACUUUUUAUUUUUUAUUUUGGGUUAUAAUAUUACCUUUUUCAUAACAAAAUGUAAUUUAUCUUUGGUUUUUGGGGUAUAACACGACCAAAAUUUAGCUUUUCUUUAAAUUCUGGGGUAUAAUCUGACCUUUUGCAUGACAAAAUUUGCCUUUUCAUUAGAUUUCAAAGUAUAACAUGACGUUUUGCAUUCAAAAUUGUUGCUUUCCUUUGGAUUUUGGGGUAUAACACGACAUUUUAGCAUAAAAACAAUUGGCUUUUCUUUUUGAUUUUGUGGGAUAAUAUGACCUUUUCUUGGCGGGAUUCGUCCAACUAUCAUUGUAAACGCUUCUUCCUAAAUAAUGAGCCAUCAGUACACAAAGACGUCCAUCAGAUGUGACCGUAAACACUCCACACACAACUCAAAGGGUCUCUUUACCUGUAAAUAUAUAAAUAUAUAUAUAUUAAACCUGUAUGAUGACAUAAAGUAUUGACCGAUUUUAAA